AUGUACGACUCAAUUUAUGAUUCUCCAUUUCCGAAAAUAAAUCCAAAAGUCCGCUACAAGACGGCCUUAGAAAGAGCAGGAUUUGAUACUAAGCCGCGUAAUCUGUUCAGUAGCCAGAGAAAUGCUUCCACCGGGAGCCUCCAGGCCUCUGUAAGUUCUCCCCCGAUGUCUGUCCAAAGAAACGUAUCAGCUGCACCGUUUGUGCCGGUCAUAACGAAGAGUACGUAUACUGUAUCUUCCAAGGGUAAUCAGCUAUUUUCUAAGGGUGAGUCUGACAUUUAUUCGCCGCCCGUACUGGACAAUAGCAGGAAAGUGAGUAUAGCCUCUUCGAAAAAUAGCAACAAGACAUCUUCGUCGAGGCCCAGCAAUAAGUCUCAUCCGUCGCAGGACGAUCCCUUUCGUUUCGAGCGUGGGCCAGAGCACCACCAGGAGCGAUAUACUGCUCCCAGAUACGCAAAUGAAUCAUCCAUCAAAAUGCAUUCGCAAGUCACAGACAAUUCUCUUUUCAAUUUUGAGCAAAUAGAUGUCAGUAAUAGUAGAAAGGAACAGGACUUGAGCCCUAUUGAAAAAAGUUUCAUGAUGUUGACUCAAAACGACACCGCAAGUUUUACAAACUCCAUGAGUCAAAUGAAUAACGAAAGGACCACUGGACAAGAACUCGAAGAAGAACAACAACAAACUUCGGCCAACCAUCAAAAGGUAGAGCCAGAAGAAGAAGAAGAAGAAGAAGAAGAAAUUUCGGUCAACUAUCAAAAAAUGGGACCAGAGGAAGAGGAAGAGGAAGAAUACGAUGUAGAGAGUCUAAAUUUUGAGCCUCAACCUGAACUGCAUGUAAAUUUAGACGAAAAUUUGCCGUUACCAGAAAACACCUCGCAGCCACAAGAAGAAGAGGACGUGGUUCCGAGAAUCCCAGAAAUAAACGUUACCAGAGGAAAAACUACGCCGCAGUUAUUUAUCAGUACGUCAUACAAUAGCGAAUCAAUAGAUUCCAAAUUAUUCCCCCAAGAUAUUGCUACUGGCUUUGCGACUUCCAAGGAAGGUAAAUCUCCCGAUGUUUUGUCAUCAUCCCCAAGUGUAGAAAACUUGGAUUUUGAUGCCUCAAAUGAAAAGCGUUACUCUACAGCAUCUUCAGAGAAGGUAGAAACCCCAUAUACAGCUACAAAUUUGCAAGUCGAGCAAUUGAUCGCUCAACUGGAUGACGUUUCUUUAUCUAGAAAUGCUAGACUGGAUCAGAACGAGAAUUCGCUUAACUUAGUGGAUAGAAAGACCUCCAGAUUCAAAAAAUCAAGUGCAUAUUUAUCCGGGUACGGUGGUCUUGACAUACCAGCAACACAGCAAACAUCCAUCAUGCGCAAUAUCGAUGGGAACGUGUCCAAUCAAAGCUUCUUAGUGGAUAACGACGAUGUCAAUGAUGAUGUACCAUCUACCUCUACAACUAACGGUGGCACACCGAUUUUUUACAAGUUCAAACAGUCCACUGCACAGUACUCCGGCGAUGAAGGAAACCUUUCUCAAGAAACUUUCAAAGCGAAACCCCCUAUUAUUGAGGCCCUACAAUUGCAGCAUAAACCUAGUAUAACAAAUUUGAGAGAGGACGCCGAUAAUUCUAGAUCGACUGACCCACGCGUCUCGCCCACCAACGGGACUGUAGAAUAUAGUCCUGACGUGAAUUAUCAUGAAAACGAGCCGACGGAAUUCAAAUAUCCACCGGGGGAAGGGCCUUGUAGAGCAUGUGGCUUGGAAGUCACAGGAAAAAGGAUGUUCUCCAAAAAAGAAAACGAAUUAUCUGGCCAAUGGCACCGUGAAUGUUUCAAAUGCAUUGAAUGCGCUAUUAAAUUCAAUAAGCGUGUCCCCUGUUAUAUUUUGCGUGAUACGCCAUACUGUCAAAAGCAUUACCACGAGGAAAAUCAUAGCAUUUGUAAAGUUUGUUCGAACUACAUAGAGGGAGAAUGUUUGGAAAAUGAUAAAGUGGAACGGUUCCACGUAGAUUGUUUGAAUUGUUUCCUAUGCAAGACCGCGAUUACCAACGAUUAUUAUAUAUUUAACGGCGAAAUCCCGUUGUGCGGUAAACAUGAUAUCGAUGCUCUUCUAAAAGAAGGAAUUGAUAACGAUGCAUCAGGAAGCGAUAGGAAUAAUACCGUUUCCAAAAGGAGAACAAGAUUGAUUAACUUCAAAUAG